AUGGGUAAAGUAAUCCAACUGCCAAUAUCAAUACAUACAACAACCCCCCCCCCCCCCCCUGGUCUGUCUUCUGGUCUGUCUUCUGGUCAUGGUUCUUGCCUCCCCGAGCACAGAGGGAGGUCUCAUCCUGUCGCCGGAGAACCUCCCAAUGAUGCGCGAGGGGAGUUUGGUGGCGAAGUACCCCCUCCUCGGCCACACCAGGCCCCUGCCUACCCUACCGCAGACAACAACACAAAAAAGAAAACAAGGGCAAAUAUCCUAAUUGCCACGCUAAACACUAACGGUCGAGCGUCUGGCACUCUCGGCCCGAGCCAAAGCCAAACAUCUAAGUGGCCUGCUAUAAACCAAAUGAUGAGAGAGAAACGUAUAGGGAUUUUGUGCCUGCAAGAAACUCACCUAACACACGAGCACGAGCGCCAAAUAGACAACCUCUUCUCCAGACGACUGUUGGUACUCAACUCUAGCGAUCCUGACCGCCCAGGCAACUCAGCAGGUAUUGCUUUCGUAGUAAAUAAAGAACUCACGAACACCGCAAACGUGAAAAUGACUGUCCUCGUCCCAGGACGGGCAGCUGUCCUAUCAAUGAAAUGGCAUAACGAAAAAAAUAUCACUCUCCUAAAUAUCUACGCACCGAACAACGCACAUGAACACCCCAUCUUCUGGACGAAGGUUAGGGAAAAAUGGCUGGAGGCAGGUCUCAACAACCCCGACUUCAUGCUGGGAGAUUUCAACCUUACCGAAGACCCCCUGGACCGAUCUCCCGCCAGACUAGACAAUGAGAAUGCUAUUGAAGCGCUAAGACAAACGAGAAACGCACUGAAUCUCCAAGACUCCUGGAGACUGACUUUCCCCCACCGACGGAUGUUCACCCACAGCAGCAGCAACAAUGACUCCCUCUCGAGACUCGACCGGAUCUACGUCUCAGCUGCCCUCAAUGAAAGCACCACGGACUGGGACUCAUAUAUCAGCCAAGUCCCCACCGACCACAAAAUGGUACUCACCCGUUUCGCCCCCCCGGGGCUACCACACAUUGGAAAAGGACGUUGGGCGUGGCCCAUUGGCAUCCUGUCGGACGAAUCACUGAUAGAGAAGAUUGUCAAACUAGGCAUUGAGACCCAACAAGAGAUCGAAAAGAUGACUCACCGCGACGACACAAUGAACCCACAGAUAGCGUGGAUGAACUUCAAAAGCACCAUGAACAGCCUAGCGAAAGAUACCGCCAAGGUGCACAUGGCCAAAAUAAACCAACAUAUUAGACAACUAACGAAAGACCUACAUCACACGACGAACUCACAGAGCCUUGACACCUCCAACGACCUUAGGUCCCACUGCAUCCUCCUGGAAAAAGAGAUUGAGCACCUGCAGAAAAAGCGUUACAAGAACGCUCACCUUCGAGCCCAAGCCCAGUGGGCGAUCAAAGGGGAAACCCUGUGCAAAUACUGGUCAAAGGUCAACAGCCCCAAGAAGCCCAGGGAUAUUAUAUAUGGCCUCCGGAAGCCAGGCUCCCCCCACCUAACGACAAAAUCUGAAGACAUGGCGGAAAUUGCCAGAGAUUACCAUGAUAAAGUACAACAGACGGACCUGCUCCCUGAAGAGAUAGAGUUAAGGCAUCAGACCAUCAUAGAAACACUGAGCAACAUACCGUGCAAGCAACGUCUCGAAGUACCGCCCGACACACUCCUCGAACCCCUCCGCAGAGAACAGAUCCUGGAGGCGCUAUGCUCGUCCAAAGCUGGUAGCGCAGCUGGGAUCGACGGCAUCCCAUACGAGGCCUGGAGGGCUCUACAUGAGCACCACACCGCGGCCAACAGGUCCAACAAGCCGAAUUUUGACGUUCUAAGCACCCUGACGUAUGUUAUCAACGACAUACAAAUAAACGGAGUCCUGAAAGAUGUUAAGACCGUGCACAAAGGGUAG